UGGACGCGUUCGCCAUGUCGCCUCGUCUCCGCUGUCUGCUCUUCUACUUCCUGCUGCCGGGCCCGGUGGCGGCCCGCGUCCGUCACCCACUUCCUGUCCUGUGGAUGAGGCCCGCGGGUCACGGGGGCGGAGUCAACGAGACCGUCCAGCAGGCCCUGCGGGACCUGAAGAAGCAAGCCCCGCCUCUGGGAAACUACGAGCUUCAACUCCACGCCGUGGACUCCAAGUGUGACACGUCGGCCGCCCUCAAAGCUUUGUUUGAUGCCAUGUGGGCGGGGCCUGAGUAUCGCUUGCUGUUUGGAGGGGCGUGUCCUUCUGUCACGCCGCUAUUGGCUCGUGCUCUGCCGGCGCUCAGGAUGGUGCAGGUAACUUUUUCAGCACCCGGAAGGAAGUGGUACAGGAACACGUUCAGCACGGCGCCCUCUCGCCGGGCGGUCAAUCAGGCCGCCGUCAAGCUGCUGCAGCGCUACAGGUGGACGCGUGUCGGCAUCAUCGCGCAGGAAGGGUCCUCGGAGAUGGCGGAGGAUCUGAGCAGACACCUGAUGAAGGCCCGCCUUGAGCUGGUUUCCAUGGCGACGCUCCACCACAAUGACUGCACCGGCUUGAUGGACAUAAUGGAACGCGACGUGCGCGUCUUCAUCGUCCUCGCGCCUUCUGAUGAAGAUUCUGUCUCUCAGGUUUUCUGCUGUGCCUCCAGACUGAAGCUGUCAACUUCAGGACAUCAGUGGGUUGUGGCAGGAGGAGGAGACCCAGGAUGGAGGUCCAGGUCGCGGGUGUCAGUCUGCACGUGGAAUGAGGUGAUGGCGGUGGCAGACGGCGCCAUCUGGCUGCAGACAACACGUGUUGUCGCCACGCCAAGACUUCCUGGAAGGGUGCGCCAUGAGUCUUUUUUUGCCGGCGUGUGUUCCCGUGUGACGGUGACAUGUCCGCAGACACCCCAAGAGGCUCUCCACCUCCAGCAGAGUGCAAAGGUCAACCCACUCCACGCCUUCGCCUAUGACGCCGUGUGGGUGGCGGCCAUCGCUCUGAGCGAGGCGACGGAAGCGGUGAAGCGGCGAGAGAAAUACGCCGGCGUCGGUGAGGAGGAAGUGGCGAGGGCGCUGCACGACGCCGUCAAGCGUACACACUUCGAUGGCGUGACGGUCAGUGCACCAUUCACUUCCUGUCUGCGAGGAGGCGGAGUCACCGUGGUGACAUCGCGUGUUUCUCAGGGUUCGGUUUCCUUCCAAGAUGGCGACCGAGUGACGGCCAUCACAGUGCUUCAGUCUCAAGGCGAAGACCUGGUGAUGGUGGGAGAGUUCCUCAGCGACACGCGACACCUGCGACUGGCUGAGCAUCUCGUAAAGUUCAAAGACCCGACUCCGAUGCAUGAGGAGCGACGUCACGCCAACGUCCUCCUCCCCAGAAUGGUGGCAGCGGUCGCCGCGGUAACCGCCGCCCUUUCUUUGACCGCCCUGUGCAUCACCACCAUCAAGCGCCACGCAUCCGCUACCCACGAUGCACUGCUGCUGCUGGCCGUCCUUCUCUCCACCUCCUCCGUCAUGGCCGCCUGCCCUGAUGACAACUCGCUACCCCAAUCGACGCUCAACCUUCUCUGCUCGGUCCGUUUAUGGCUUUUGUCGUUGGGUCAAACUCUGGGCUUCUCUGCAGUCUUCACCCGAACAUGGCGCCAUUUCUCGCCAGGAGGUGUUGUGCCACCGCCGUGCUACGUGGCGUCCAUCUUGGCUCUGCUGGACGUGUUUGUUUUGACCACCUGGCAAAUGGUGGACCCUCUCAGGCGGGUGGUGAUGCGGCACAGGCCGCAGGUGAGACCAGUUCUAAUAGACAACUCUGAGGAGCGAGGUCAACCUUUGUGGGCUAUUCAGGGUGACUCCGCCCCCUUGGACGUCGUCUCGUGGUUGCCCUCUGAUGGCUGCAGCAGCAACAACAUGGAGGAGUGGACCGCCUUCAUCUACGCUUACAAAGCAGCGCUGCUGGGUGUGGGAUGUUUCGUGGCGUGGAACAUCAGGAGGCGCAGCACGGUCUUGGCGUUCAGUAUGUCGGCGGUGGCGGCGGUCAGCGUGGCGGGGGCGUGCGCUUGGCCGCUGCUCGCCCACAAUCCUUCACUUCACUUCUGCGUGACCAGCGCUCUGGUCCUCGCCUGCGACCUCCUGGUCCUCGCCGCCAUGUUCGAGGUCCGCAUCGGCCAGCUGCACGGCGGAGGGGGCGGGGCCCCAGAGGGAGGAGCUACAAGGGGCGAGGCCGCAGAAGCGCUCAACCGACGGCUGAAACAGGAAAGGGCUGAGCUGGACGCUCGCAUUGACACACUCUGCCACGCUUUGGAGGCGCAGCUUGCUCAGAGCGCCACAGGAAGCUGUUCGCCACUUAAAUCCUGCGUGCGUGAUGACAGCGGUCCGGCGGCGGAGGCCGGGUCAGAGGUCAGAGAGAAUCCAACCGACGUCAACGCUCCUGACCUCGUGCGGCGCCGUCUGUCCGUCCAGCUGCCCAUCCUCCAUCACUCCUACCUGGCUGUCAUUGGCGGCGUCAGCGCCAGUAGCUCCGCCCACUUUGGAAGCAGGGAAAUGUUCAACGCCACUUCCGUGAAGCCGCAGCUCUGACGACAUCUUUGUCUGACUUGUUUCUUCUGAUUUCAAGACGGAUUAUUCAUCAACAUGUAAUAAAAAAAACUCCUCCACUAGAGGGCGCUUUGAAUGGUUGCUAUGGUGGAAGUGAACCUAAG